AGUGCUGAGGGCGGAGGGAACCUGCACAGAAGCAUCUUUCCUGAUCCCAAACCUCCAGCCUUUGUUGCAGGCCCAGGCCGCCCGCUGCCCGACCACCCAGCCCACUCUGGCUGCAGCAGAAGCCUAGCAGGAACUUCCUGACUGGAGAGGGCCAAGCGGCUGGAAGUCUGUCCCAGAGAACUUCUAGGAGUCGCCUGGUGUUUGCCAUUGGGGGUGGGAUGGAAAAGGAGGGAUGCCGGUGUCGAAGUGCGUGGAAUCCACACUGAGCCCUGCCCUCAUGCCACGGCUUCUGGCCCUGCUGCCCAUCCUCUGGGGGUUACUGCUUGACACUGGGGUCUUCCCAGGUGCCCCCAUCCACACUUUGGUUGCCUCCCAUGCUGACAGGGUUUGUCAGCGUCUGUCCAGGCAGUUAAUAAAUAGAACGGAGGCUAAUUAAGACAACCCUAAUCCUCAGCAGGGCUCCUGCCAGCUCAUAUCCACCCUGUCUCCCCCUGCGUUUCCUCUGCCAGCUCCGCCUCCUCAGCUACAGGGACAUGAAACCCCAGGAGCAGCUGCAGCAGGAAAACAAUGUCUGGUCCAGCCCUUCCAGGCUAAGGCUUGAGGGCAGGGUUGGGCGGGGAACCUGGGGUGGGCCACAGAAGGUCCUUCAGAUACACAUCCAUGACCUCAGGAGUUGGUGCUGAUAACUGACCUUCCCCAUCCUGGACAGAUGAGGGGGCAAUUAGGUCUCAGGGCUGUCCUUUGCAGCUCUCAGGAAUUUCCAGGGAAAGGAUGGCUUUAGCCCUUACUAUUUCAGUGGGACUGCCUCCCUCCCAGGGCCUGAGACCUAGCCAGAAUCCAAUGGAGGACAAGAAGAAGAAAAGGAGUCCCAAGCCCUGCCUGAGCCAGCCAGCCCAGGCCCCCAGCACACUACGCAGGGUCCCAGUGCCCACCAGCCACAGCGGCUCUUUGGCCCUGGGACUCCCUCAUCUGCCAUCCCCAAAGCAGCGGGCCAAAUUCAAGAGGGCAGGAAAGGAGAAAUGCCGCCCAGUGCUGGCCGGAGGUGGGGGCGGCCCUGCAGGCACCCCCCUGCAGCACUCGUUCCUGACUGAGGUGACGGAUGUCUAUGAGAUGGAGGGGGGGCUGCUGAACUUGCUCAAUGAUUUCCACUCAGGCCGACUGCAGGCCUUUGGGAAGGAAUGCUCCUUUGAGCAGUUGGAGCACGUGCGGGAGAUGCAGGAGAAGCUGGCCCGGCUGCACUUCAGCUUGGACGUGUGUGGAGAAGAGGAGGAGGAGGAGGAAGAGGAUGGGGUCACCGAGGGGCUGCCUGAGGAGCAGAAGAAGACGAUGGCUGACCGCAACUUGGACCAGCUACUUAGCAACCUGGAAGAUCUUAGUAAUUCUAUACAGAAGCUGCACCUGGCCGAGAACGCCGAGCCUGAGGAGCCGUCAGCUGUGUAGGCUCAUUCCCUUCAAACUGUGACUUUUUACGGACUCGACUGUGUGUUCCGCGGCCCCCCAGGUGCUAUGGGGGAGGGGGGUCAUGGAUGGAAUUAAACCAGAAAGAAAGAAA